AGGAACAUCUUUAGCUUUUCCUUCAAAAGGGCUGGCUGGAGAAAGAGAAAAAAAGAUCAAUUUUUUAACUACUCAAGAAGGAAAAUGGGGAGAGCUCCUUGCUGUGACAAAGCAAACGUGAAGAAGGGUCCAUGGUCACCUGAAGAAGAUUCUAAGCUCAAGGAGUUCAUAGAGAAGUAUGGAACUGGUGGUAAUUGGAUUGCUCUUCCACACAAAGCUGGUCUGAAAAGAUGUGGGAAGAGUUGCAGAUUGAGAUGGCUUAACUAUUUAAGACCCAACAUUAAGCAUGGAGAAUUCUCUGAUGAUGAAGAUAGGAUUAUCUGUAGUCUCUUUUCUAGCAUUGGAAGCAGGUGGUCAAUAAUAGCUGCUCACUUGCCAGGAAGGACUGACAAUGAUAUCAAGAACUACUGGAACACUAAGCUCAAGAGGAAACUCAUGGGUUUAGUCCCUCCUAAUAAUUCAUCUUCUCAAAGAAAACCCCCUCAUCAACAAUCCUUCCCAUCUCAUCAUCUUCAAAACCUAUCUUCUUCAUCACCAUCACUAUCACCUUCAUCAUCAUAUAAAGAUAAUAGUAUUAAUACCAAUUACUACACUCCAACUAAAUCUUUCACAAGCUCUGAUCCCAUUUCAAUCCCACCAAAUCUUUGGAGCAACACCAAUCUUUCUAUUACCACAAGUAAUACUCCUACUACUGCUUCCCUUCUCAGAGCUCAAGAGAACUUAGUGGGUCCCAUGUAUCAGUACCACCAAGUGAAAGACAAUUUUCUCAUGUUUGGAGGUACUGCUGAACCAAGUUGCAGCUCUUCCAAUGGAAGUAGCAACAACCAGAUCAGCUAUGGAAAAGAGAUUGAAUUUGAAUUUGGUGGUGGUGGUGUUAAUGGUGAGCAACAGCAGCAGCAGCAGCAGAUGGGUCUUGGGACAUAUCUCUUUAAUGGGGUUGAAGAAAACCACAAAUUCUUCCUGGGUGGUAACAAUGGAGGUCAUCAUGGAUUUGAUGGUUGGACUGAAAAACCAAAUGGGUUAUGGGGAGAAGCUCCAUUAGAGAAUGGGUUAGAGGAGAUUAAGCAGCUAAUUAGUACUCAUGGCUGUAAUAACAGUUUCUUUGUUGAUGAAAACAAGACACAAGGGAGGGCCAUGUACUAUUGAAAACUGACACACUGACUGUUUGUAAAUCAGAAAAAAGAUUUGAAAGGGUAUGGUGGGAGGAGACUCAGAGAUCCAAUUCUGUCAGGGUAAGAGAAGUAAGGAGUGAGGCAGUGAGGCAGUGAGGCAGGGUUUUUUUUUGUUGUUGUUUGAACACUUUUUAACUGUACAUUGGUUAAAGUUUCCCCUUUAGCAUUUCUUUUUGGGAAGUGAUAUGUGUUUUAGUACAUUUCCACUGCACUAUCAAUCAGAAAUUUAAUGUUAUGGAAACUGGAGAAUACAUCAUCAUCAUCAUUCAAUUCAAGAAUCAAACCCAAGCAUGCUACUGUUCUUACU